CCAAAUCUUACUGCCAGCGUCAAAAACGUGCUCGUGAGAUAUAUACUCUAGACUGUGCCGUGGCCUGUCACUCUCCUCAAUCACGUCCUUCUACCGCUGUACAUCACACUUCAACAUCAAGUCAACAUGUCGGAACAAACAAUACUGUCAGAGAAACAGCAACUGGCACGGGAGCUCGAGAAGAGAGAUGCACAAUAUGCCGGCCUAGAGAGUCAGAAUGCGGACUCCCCACCUCCGGCACGACCAGUGUUCUUACUGCUAUGGCUGUUGUUUGUCAUUGGUACCGUCGCUACUAUCGUCUCUUCCAACUGGAGCACACCGGAGGCCUUGAUCAGAUCUCAGAACACACUACUGAAACCGACGAGCAUCAUCGCAACAAGCACGUCAUUACCAACCUCGGCACCAACGAGUACAUGCGACAACCUCACUCUCCGUCGUGAAUGGCGAAACAUGAAGCCAAGAGAGCAAGCACGUUACCAGACAGCCAUGCGUUGCCUCCUGGAACUUCCUUCCAAAAAUGGCAAGACUGGAAGCAGACUCGGAGACUUCCUGUCUGCAUACAGCACAUCCGGCUGGCACGCAACCCAAACCACCGACUAUCUCCCAUGGAACCGCUUCUUCAUGCACACGCUCGAGACCUCUCUACGCAGCGAAUGCGGAUAUAGAGGAGACAUGCCUUAUCUCGACUGGACGGUCGCUACCGACAACGCCGACUCCACAGACGCAUCCGCACCGGCCGUAUCAUACUCCCAAGCCGCCCUCCGCGAUGAAGCCGCAAAGCAACAUCUCGAUGCCGCGCUCGUGUCUGAAAUUGUAUCUGCCGACAAUUACGACGACUUUGCCCAUGUCCUUGAAGCUCGUAUUACCUCCUUGGCACCUUUUGACUUUUCGAGCUCUGAGCUGCCUCAAGAUCCCCUUUUCUUGCACCAGAUGCAGGUAGAUCGUCUGUGGUGGGUUUGGCAACAACAACACCCCAACACUGAGAUGAGAGUUGAGGAUCAACGUGUGAGGAUUAGCGGAUUCAGAAAUUCUGUUGCUGUCAAGAGUGUUGCGUCGACAGAAGGUUAUGACCUUUGCUAUCGCUAUGUGUAGAUGCCUGAUUUUUCGGAUCACACCUUUUCACGUUUACGACCUUAUAGAUUUGCUUUUGCAUGUAGCAUUUUAGCCAUGACAAUAUUUGUACAUUCCGAUCAUCUGGCUCCAGGGAUUUGCUGUUACUAUGCCUGCACCACUGCUAACCUCCAAUGUCUAUUCUCCUCGUUACUGCCGCGCGGUUCACUACAGUCGUUCGUAGAUCAAGUUUCUGCAAAGCGCUUGACACGGUGCCCGCGGCUCCAAUUUAAGCUCAAGAGGCCUCAA